AUGCCACCUAAGAAGCAAAAGUUUAAUCCUCAACAAAAUAAUCCAACUAAAUCAGAAAUUACAACAGAAACAGAACCAGAAACAGAAUCAAAUAUAAAUGAAUAUAUUAUGAAUUAUAUGAAAUCUCAAUAUAGACCAUAUUCAUUAAAUGAUAUUAUGUUAAAUUUACAUGGAAAAUUUAAAAAAUCAAAAUUAACUCAGAUUUUAGGUAAUUUAGUUGAUUCAAAACAAUUAAUUUUAAAAACUAUUGGUAAAACUAAUUAUUAUUGUUAUAAAGAAAUACAAUUAUCAACUAAUGAUGGCGAUGAUAAAGGUAAUAAUAAUGAUCAAUUGUCAAAUGACAUUGUUGAAUUAACUAAUAAACUUUCAAAUUUAAAAAAUGAAAUUAAUAAAAUUAAUCAAGAAUCAACAUAUACAAAUGAACAAUUAAUUCAAAAAUUAAAUGAAUCAAAACUUAAAUUGAAUGAACUUGAUGAAAGAUUAAAACAAAUAGAAUUGAAUAACAAAACUCAAACGAAUGAAAAUAAUAAUUCUAUCGACUAUGUUACUAAUUUAAUUACAUUAAAAGAAAAACAACAAAGAAUUGUAUGUAAUUUUCAUAUAUUCAUAAACCCUGAAGGAUUAAAACUAACUCAUUAUCUUUUAGUUUAA